CUUAUCUACACACGUUUGUCCUGUCUGCUAUCUUCACACAACCAUGGAUAGAUGGUCUCGGCUCCUGAUACUUGUGUGGGUGGUUACAGGAUUGGUAGCCGGUGAUUGCCCAAGUGGUUGGAUUAGUCAUCGUGACUCCUGUUACUUUUUCAGUAACCAUAAUAGAAACUGGUACGACGCAGGGUUCAUGUGCGAGGCCAUUCACAGCAGGAGAGUGACCAUAGACUCGAACGACGAAAAUGACUUUUUGGCGGGAACUUUAACACACUUCAGAGGGGCGUUUCGUUCGGUUUCGUUUUGGACUGAGGGAACGUCAGAGGGGUCGUCCGAUGGUAGCUAUAAAUGGGCCACAUCACAGGACCCGGUCACCUACAACAAUUGGGGUAAAAAUGAACCUAACGCCACUAUCGGCGACUGCUUCAUAUUGAGACUUGAUCGGACCUGGCAGUCAAGAGACUGUCACUCUGAGCAAGGAUUCGUCUGUGAAAGCAGCAACAUACAGAAGAACUGUUUGCCAACCGAAGGUCCCACUCUAAUUGGAUAAAACAUUAAAAAAUAAAGCAUUAAGCUAUAA